UGCAUCCACAACUAGAAUCCAAGAUGAUGAACCCAAACUCCCAAUUUUUUAUCCUCAAACCCCUCUAUUUUCGCAUCACCAAUUCCUUCAUCAUCAUCUUCUACCUUCUUGCCCAAAUCACUUCUUCUCAAGUCGACCCUAAAUUCACUGCAUGUGCACCCAAAACCUGCCCCAACAACAACCAAUCUAUUAGCUUUCCCUUUUACAUUCAAGGAACGCAAGAAUCUUACUGUGGGAGCCCCGGUUUUGAAAUCUCGUGUGCCCCAGAUGGCUCCCCUACCCUCAAUCUCUCUCACACCCAAUACUUCAUUCAUCAAAUUUUCUACCAAGAUCAGUCCCUGCGAGUGUCCAAUGCUGCGUUCUCAACUUUGCAAUCAAACGCCACCGGAGGUUGUCUUGUUCCAACUCAGAAUCUCACUCUUCCUCCCAGUAACGAGUUCCGUGUUGCUCCAAAUCAAACGGACAUGGUGUUGUUCUACGGCUGUGACGCACCUUCGCUUCACGAACACAGGGUUGGGUGUUCUGCAGAAAACCAGACGAGUUCCGUUUUGGCAUUGGAUAAAAGAGAUGAGCUUAUAAGCUUUGUGGCAGCGAAUUGCAAGGGUGAGGUAGUGGACACGGUUGUGGAAGAUGGAAUAGGAGGGGUCGGUGAAGCUUUGAGAAAAGGGUUUUUGCUGUCGUGGACUGCGAGUAACUGCAGCGUCUGCAACAGCACCGGAGGGAGGUGCGGUUUCGAUUCAGAUUUGUACACUUUCAGGUGUUAUUGCACUGACAGAGUUCAUUCUGCUAGCUGUGGUGCGGUUGAUCCAGUGAUUACCAAUAAGAACAAGGCUACAAUGGUGAAAAUAGCUUCAGCAGUGGGCGUUGUUGGAAUUGUAGUGGUGGUGGUCUUGGCUUGUUGGUUGAGGACAAAGAUCUUUCCCUCGUCUCUUUUAUUUGGGAGGGAUAAUCAAACCCAUCAUGUCAUUCAGAAGUUUUUGAAGGAACACGGACCUCUUCCUAUAACUAGGUACAAUUAUUCAGAGAUUAAGAAAAUUACCAACUCUUUUAAAAACAAGUUAGGGCAAGGAGGCUUCGGUAGCGUAUAUAAAGGGAAGUUACAUGAUGGAUGUGUUGUUGCAGUAAAGAUUUUAGGUGAAUCAAGAGGCAAAGGAGAAGAUUUUAUCAAUGAAGUCGCAAGUAUUAGUACGACUUCACAUGUUAACAUUGUCAGACUCCUGGGAUUUUGUUUCGAUGGUUCUAAACGUGCUCUAAUAUAUGAGUUUAUGAGUAAUGGAUCUCUUGACAAGUUCAUAUAUGAAGACAAAAAUCCAUUACAGGUUGCUCAUGAAUUGGAUUGCGAGCUAAUGUAUAACAUUGCAAUUGGCAUUGCUCGUGGAUUAGAGUAUUUACACAGAGGGUGCAACACUAGAAUCUUGCAUUUUGACAUAAAACCUCACAACAUAUUACUGGAUGAGAAUUUUAGCCCCAAAAUUUCAGAUUUUGGACUUGCAAAAAUAUGUCCAAUGAGAGAAAGUGCGAUAUCCAUUACUGGUGCAAGAGGAACUGCAGGUUAUAUUGCUCCAGAAGUUUUUUGCAGAAACUUUGGCGCCGUGUCACAUAAAUCAGAUGUUUACAGUUAUGGAAUGAUGAUCAUGGAAAUGGUUGGAAGAAGAAAGAAUAUUAAGGUUGAAAUCGAGUGUUCAAGUGAAUUGUAUUUUCCUUAUUGGAUUUACGAUCGUCUUGAAUCAAAUCAAGAGCUUGGUCUGCAAAUUGUAAAGAAUGAAGGUGAUGACAAAAUGAUGAGAAAAAUGGCUUUGGUAGGUUUAUGGUGCAUACAAACCCACCCUUCAAGUCGACCAACAAUAAGUAGCGUGGUGGAAAUGUUAGAGAAAAAAGUUGAAUUAUUGCAACUUCCGCCUAAACCGUUUUUGUCUUCUCCUUCACCAUCUUCGCUUCAUUUCUCAGGAGACACUAUAGCUUUGUGAGAAGCAAUUAUUUUUUACUUUUAAUUUGUUAGAACACGAAUAUUUAUUUCUUAUAUAGUUGUUUAUUUUAUUUUA